AUGUUCCACCAGGUCAAGGUCAACGAAGAACAUCGCGAUCUUCUGCGAUUUCUUUGGUGGGAAAACGGCGAUACUGCCAAAGAACCAGAUGAGUUUAGAAUGACGGUGCACUUGUUUGGAGCAGCAUCAUCACCUAGCCGCGCAAAUUUCGCCUUGAAAACGACCGCGGACGAUAACGAGAAGGCACUUGGAAGCGCAGCAGCUGAUUUUCUUCGAAAGCAUUUCUAUUUUGAUGAUGGUCUAAAGUCCGUGCAAUCGGUGGACGAAGCGGUGAACCUGAUCAAGAACACCAAGGAGAUGUGCAGUCGUGGAGGAUUCAACCUUCACAAGUUUGUGUCCAAUAACAAGGACGUUGUUCGAAGUAUACCGGAACGUUAUAGAGCAGAUGCGGUGAAUGAAAUAGAUCUCGAUUUGGACUCUCUGCCAAUCGAACGAGCGCUAGGUAUCCAGUGCUGCGCAGAGUCGGACAGCUUCCAAUUUCCAAUCGUGCUUGAGGCGAAACCGUGCACAAGAAGAGGUAUACUGUCAACUGUCAGUUCAAUAUUCGACCCAAUUGGAUUUGUCGGCCCCCUUCUGCUUGAGGGAAAGUCAAUUCUUCAAGCACUAUGUCGCCAAAGCAUUGGUUGGGAUGACGCUGUGCCGGACGAAGCAAAGUCGAGAUGGGAAGAAUGGAAGUUAGAUUUGGUUAGAAUGAAAGGUUUUUCCAUACCGAGAUGCUAUAAACCUCUUGAUUUUGGUCGCGUAGUCAGUACUGAGCUUCAUCAUUUUUCAGACGCCAGCGUGGUAGGUUAUGGUCAAUGCAGCUAUCUACGAUUUAUUGAUGAAUGUAAUCUUAUUCAUUGCACCUUCGUGAUGGGGAAGUCGAGAGUAGCCCUGUUGAAAUCGGUAACCAUUCCACGAUUGGAGUUAACGGCCGCGGUCUGUUCCGUCAGAGUUAGCGUCCAGUUGCGUCAUGAAUUGGAUUUGGAAAUCGACCAGGAAAUCUUCUGGACAGACAGCAAAGUGGUGCUCGGCUACAUUGCAAACGAAACUCGGCGUUUUCAUAUCUUCGUCGCCAACAGAGUGCAAGAAAUUCAAGAUCAUACCUCAGUCGAUCAGUGGAGAUAUGUGGAGUCGAAAUCAAAUCCAGCGGAUGAAGCAUCUCGCGGAGUGAAAGCUAAGGAAAUUUCAGAAUCCAAGUGGCUUUCUGGAUCAUCGUUCUUGUGGAAACCAGAAGAACAAUGGCCAUCCAACAACCAGGAGAAUCAGCACAUUCGCGAGCUGAGCUCAUCUGAUCCGGAAGUCAAGAAAGCCGUCGUUUGUUCUACCUCGAGAGUGGAUUCUGAUGAAAAUUCGACUGGUUCUCUUAUCGAAGAUCGACUGUUGUACUUCUCUGAUUGGUAUCGAGGAAAGCGAGCAAUAGCCUUAUGUCUCCGCUAUGUGAGAAAACUUCGCGCACGAGUUCAAAGAAAGAAAUCGGAGGCAUUGACGUUACCUGAACUCACUGUCAGCGAAUUGAGCGCUGCAGAAAAAUUGGUCAUUCGUUUGGCACAAGCUACUGCGUUUCCUGAAGUCUUAACUGCGUUGAAGAAAGAUACAGCUGCUAAUCGGGACGUUAACGUCAAUGCUAAGAAGGGUACCAACACACUACGCAAACUCGACCCGUACCUCGACGAAGAAGGGAUCCUGCGUGUCGGAGGGCGUUUACGACGCGCGAACCUAUCGGAGAAAAUUAAACAUCCAAUCAUCUUACUCCGCAAAGGUCAUGUGACAACCCUAAUAGUACGAUACUUUCAUGAACGAGUGAAACACCAGGUAAAGGGAUUGACAUUAAACGAAGUUUGA